AUGGAUAAGGAGAAUGCAAGAAGAAAAUCUCAGGUCGCUCGUGGAGAAACGUACAACACAUCAACGUGGUUAUUGGUGAGGCAUCCAGAGAAACAAUAUCGACAUCAAGAUCACGAUCUAGACGAAUCACCGGCACCGGCGCACCAAUUCGACGCUGUUUUAUCGCAACCAUGGCUCGGAAAGAGAAACCUUCGGAGGAAAGUUGCGAAGCUGCUUGGAAACGUGGAUGUUCAAUGA